GUGUACCUUACGAAAUGAAGGCCAUCAUGACAGAAGAAGUGUUGCCUAUGUUGGUAGCUCAAGUAGAUACCACGAUCGUCCACAAAACGAUUCUGACCACAGGUACAAUCGCUGAGAUAUUAUUUCCUGAAGACUCCGUUGUGGAGGUAGGAAAAGUGAUUGCAAUUAUUGCCACAGAAGGCGAAAAUGUGCAAGCAGCAGCAUCACCUGCCAUCCAAGAAGUCGCUCAAAAUCCAGUCGCUCAAACAGCAGCAGCAGUCGUAGAGACGGAGAUUGCAGCUGUUCAAACAAAUGUAUUAUCUACUCCAGCAAGUGGUGAUGCAGACGAUCGAUUUUAUUCUCCAUUGGUAAAAAGCAUUGCAAAAGAAGAAAAAAUUUCGCCAAAUGAGCUGAGCAAUAUCACUGGUUCUGGUGCAAAUGGAAGAGUCACUAAGAAGGAUAUUUUAGAUUUUGUAGCAACUCGUAGUAGUGCACCACAACAAGUAGUUUCAGCUCCAGUAGAAGUUAAAGCGGCAUCUGCUGCACCACAAAUCAAUACAUCGUCAGCAGCACCGUCUGCAUCUAUUUCUGGCAACGUCGAGAUCAUUGAGAUGGACAGAAUGCGAAAAUUGAUUGCUGAUCAU